AAAGGCAAGCGAGAGAAAAGAAAAGAAAAAAACAACCACCGUCUCCUCUCUCUCUCUAAAACCAUUCUGACGGUUGUACCUUCUCUAACAACAAAAUCCCACCAUCACCCAUAAGCAACCUCUCCCUCUUUACCAUUUUACCCUCCAUUUCUCCUCUUAUUUCCACUCAUUGCCACUCUUCACUCUUCCCUUCUUCCACACUCUUCCUCUCCUCACAGCUACUCUGUGAUCUCACCUCUCCACUUUUCAAAUUUCCUUUCUCUCUCUAAAAAAACGUUUCGCGUUUCAUUUCACGUUUCGUUUAACAACAAUGCCACUGCUCUCUAGUUUAAAAUAAUUAAAAAUUUAAAACUAUAGAAACUAAAAAAUGCAGCAGUUAGAGCUUGAUUUUAGAUCUAAAACUUCAGUAGUUUUGCUAAGCUAUUAAUUAUUUGAUCUGUGAUUUUUUUAAAAUUUUAGAGAAAAUGAACCGGAGUUUUAGGUCUUCACAGCAGCUGGACUCCUCGGCGCCGUCGUCGUCGUCGUUUUCGCAGAUGAAAAUGGCGGCAGCGGCGGUGAAGCAGCGGCAGCAAUUGAGAGCGACGAUGUUGAAGGAGAAGGAAGAGGAACUAGCGUUGUUUUUAGAUAUGAAGAAACGCGAGAAGGAACAUCAACAGCUUAAUAAUCUUUUGCUUUUGAAUGACUCUGAAGAUGAUUUUGAUUCUCCUUUAGGUUCGAAAGCUGGAAGUUCGCCUUUGUUUAAUAUAUCAUCUACAACGACAGCUAUGCCUGCGCUGCCGCCGCGGAAAGUUAGUGGUGCUGAGGAGUUUCUUAAUUCGGAGAAUGAUAAGAAUGACUAUGACUGGCUUCUCACACCUCCUGGUACUCCUUUGUUUCCUUCUUUGGAGAUGGAAUCACAAAAGACGGUUAUGAGUCAAAUUGGUACUCCAAAGGCUCGCCCCACUGCCCUCAAAUCUAGGCUAGCAAACCCUCAGCCAGAACCUGCCGCUAGAGGAACUUUAGUAUCUAAGCAACCAGUUUCCUCUCCUGGGUUGAACUCUUCUGCUGCAGGGAUGCGGAGGCCUUCGUCGUCAGGUGGUCCAGGAUCACGGCCUUCAACACCAACUGGGCGCCCUACCUUGACGCCAGCUUCAAAGCCUUCUAGAUCGUCAACACCUACUUCACGGGCCACUCUACCUUCAUCGAGAUCAUCAGCCACUGCAACUAAGCCCACUGUCUCUGCCGCUAAGCCUACCCCCUCUACCACAAAACCGACUGUUCCUGCAAGAUCUUCAACACCAACAAGGCCUACUGCAAGAUCAUCAACACCUACAAGGUCUACGGCGAGAUCGUCAACACCAACACCAACUGCGAGGCCCUCCAUACCUCCAGCUAAAUCCACAUCAAGAGCAUCAACCCCAACUCGACGUUCAUCCGCACCAGCUAGUGCACCAUCAGUAUCUGCUCCUCCAAUUAGGUCAUCUCCUUCAAUCACCAGGACAACACUCACAGCAGCAAGAAAUCCAGUGCCAUCGCAAGGAACUUCUCCAACAGUGAAAUCUAGGCCAUGGAAGCCAUCCGAGAUGCCUGGUUUCUCUCUCGAUGCUCCCCCAAAUUUAAGAACAUCACUACCCGAUAGGCCACUUUCUGCAUCUAGAGGAAGGCCUGGAGCGCCCAGUUCACGAUCUUCCUCCGUUGAGCCAACAUCUAAUGGAAGACCAAAACGGCAAUCAUGCUCUCCUGCAAGAGGACGAGCCCCUAAUGGCAUUUUGCAUGCAAGUGGGAGCUCUGUUCCCGCAAUCAGUCGUCUACAUGCUAAAGCUAAUGACAAUGUGAGCCCUGCCCUAGUCGGAACUAAGAUGGUUGAAAGAGUAAUAAAUAUGCGAAAACUGGCACCUCCUAGGCAAGAUGAUAAACUUUCUCCUCAUGGUAACUUGUCUGGGAAGUCAUCGUCACCAGACAGCUCUGGCUUUGGAAGAUCACUUUCGAAGAAAUCUUUGGAUAUGGCUAUGAGACACAUGGACAUAAGGCGAAGCAUUCCUGGCAAUUUACGGCCUCUGAUGACUAAUAUUCCAGCGUCGUCUAUGUAUAGUGUAAGAUCGGGUUCUACAAGAAGCAGAACGAUUAGCGUAUCAGACUCUCCUUUGGCAACAAGCAGUAACGCCAGUUCCGAGUUAAGUGUCAACAACAAUGGUAUUUGUUUAGACGGGAUUGACAUAGAGGACGAAGUUGGCAAUGAAAGAGGCGGACGUUCUCCAAUACGAGGCAGGUGAUAGGUGGGAUCAGCCGAUCAGGCAGUUUAUAAAUUCUUGGUUUUCAACCUGAUGGAUGGUUAAAGAGAACCGAUUUACCAGAAAAGAGAGGAGAAAACUGACCAGAGUCCAUUACAGACUUACAAUGAUGUAAAGUUUAUUAUUAGAGUUAUCAGAAAUUUAAAGAUUUAAGUAAUUGAUGAUCUUUUGUAUUAUUAGGGAAACUAAUCACAAGUCUUACAGUUGCUCUUUCCCAGCUUAGAAACUUGCAUAGAAGUCCAAAGAUUAAUUAACCAUUGAUGUCUUUAUUUAAAGUUGAAGAGAUUGUUUUCGGCCAGUUAAUUUGAUUUAA